AAGUGUACGGAUUGGUCGGUUUCGAUUUGGUUCAAUCCAAAUGCAAACUCGCAGUCGGCAUUAUCCGCGUUAUUGGUAGCCCUCGACGGUGAACCCAAAGCGGCAAGCGGCGGAGGCAGCAAUAGCAAUAGGGGAGCCAUGGCGGAGCCGAUCACCCUGAGCAGCGGCCACAGGAUGCCCAUCGUCGGCCUCGGCGUAUGGCGGAUGGAGACCCAGUCCAUCCGAGAUCUCAUCCUCUCCGCCCUCACCAUCGGCUAUCGCCAUCUCGACUGCGCCGCUGAUUACCAGAAUGAAGCUGAGGUUGGGGAAGCACUUGCAGAGGCUUUUCGUACUGGACUUGUCAAAAGAGAAGAAGUUUUCAUCACCACCAAGCUAUGGAAUUCAGAUCACGGGCAUGUGCUCGAGGCUUGCAAGGACAGCUUGAAGAAACUCCAGCUAGACUAUCUUGAUCUUUACCUUGUUCACUUUCCAGUAGCUACGAGACAUACUGGGGUUGGAACAACAGCUAGUGCUCUUGGUGAUGAUGGUGUUCUCGACAUAGAUAUAACCAUAUCGCUUGAGACCACUUGGCAUGCAAUGGAGGAACUUGUUAACCUGGGAUUGGUUAGGAGCAUUGGAAUUAGCAACUACGAUAUAUUUCUCACAAGAGACUGCUUGGCAUACUCCAAAAUCAAGCCUUCAGUGAACCAAAUUGAGACUCACCCAUAUUUUCAACGGGACUCUCUUGUUAAAUUUUGCCAAAAGCAUGGAAUCUGUGUAACUGCUCAUACACCUAUUGGUGGUGCUGCUGCUAAUGCAGAAUGGUUUGGCACCAUUUCCUGCCUUGAUGAUCCAGUCAUAAAGACCUUGGCUGAGAAAUACAACAAGACAGUCGCUCAGCUCAUUCUCAGGUGGGGCAUCCAGAGAAACACUGUCGUUAUACCGAAGACUUCUAAGGUCGAAAGGCUGCACGAGAAUUUCAAAUUGUUUGAUUUUGCCAUAUCAGACGAGGACAUGGAGGAGAUCAAAGGUAUUGAUCGGAAGUACAGAACAAAUCAACCGGCCAAAUUCUGGGGGAUCGAUCUCUAUGCAUAAUGUCAUUGAUCAAGAGUAGGAUAUGAUUGCAUCCCUAUGAUUAUGUUUCGUGUUCGAACAAUUAGGAACUGCAGGUUUAGUAUAUUUGACUGUUGUUAUUGAUCUGAUGAUCUCUUUUCACAUAGGGCUUAAUCUGACUUUGUGUUUGGGCUACCAUAAAGCUGGUUUCGCCUAUUAGUUUUUGGUUUUACGUCUUCCAUUUUUGCUAAUCUCAACUUGACCUCUUAUGGAAGGUUGGCCUUUAAUAUUUGAAAAGUAAUGGUAGUACAUAAUGCUAUGGUGUGCUAUAUAAUCUAAA